AUGAAUACUUGUAAAUAAGAGAAUGAAAAGAAUGAAUUUUUAGAAAACAAUAAAGUUAACUAUAAAAAAGAAUAUAAAAAUGUUAUCAAAUUAGGAAGAUGUCUUUUUGUGGUAUAAUUUAUAAUGACUGGUGCAAUUUUAUUAUACUUUGUAUGCUUUUACUCUUUAUUAUUGUCUGAUAAUUAUUGGUUAGAGAAUUAAGAUCAAUUCAUUUACAUAACUAUUGGAUUGUCUUUAGCUGACUUGAUUGCAUUUAUAUAACACAUUUUAGCUUUAUAUGCUAUAAUGAAUAAGAAACAAACACUUACAAUAGUUUGUGGAAUAUCAUCAUUUAUAUCAAGUUUUCAAAGAGCUAUCAUGUUUUAUUUUAUGAUAACUUAAACUGAAAUGAAUUUUUACAAAUAUUCUACAUUAGCUACUAUUUUUACUUGUACAUAAUUAGGAUUUGCUAUAUUGAUUUUUGAAUUGAGAAAUCAAUGGAAACCAAUCCCUUAAAGAAAAUGGAAAAAGUUCUUUAGAUUAAUAAGAUCAUAAAUUCCAAAAAUUAAAGAAAAUGAAAUGUAGAAAGUGUGA